CAGUCGGAUAAGUAACUCGUCACCAAGAGGGCAUCGUUACCGAGGUCCACUGCACCUGCUGCAACUUGCUGCCACACGGCACAAACAUCCUCCUCAAUGUCCAGCGGUUCAACGAUGGAUCACACUUUCCUGCCUCGGUCCAUCUGGACUGGUGACAGUAAAUUCAUCCAGCAUCCAGCAGAUCUCUACACCAGUGUGGUCGUUACGCGCAGCAUCCCUGCAGGCACGUGCUUUGGUCCAUGUGUGCUCCAAAACACUUUCUACGACACCAUCGCCUUCAUAGCGCAGAAAUCCUGCGACAAGAGAGCCAAAUCCUAUGUGUUCAGGGUGGACCCAGAGGCCAUGCGUAAUUCUGCGCUGGUGCUCUCCUGGCUGCGGCUCGUGCAGGCUGCGCGCAAUGGAGAGGAGCAGAACACAGAGGCCUUUCUGAAAGCGGGUCAGCUGUAUGUGCGGACCAUCCGGGACAUUCGGCAGGAGGAAGAGCUGCUGGUGUGGUACGACCAGGAGCUGUCUCACCUACUGGGCUUCACGGACAUGAGCAGAGUAUCAAGUGAAGAGUUCAAAUGUGGAAGAUGUAACCAGGCCUUCAAGAAUUUGUAUCCUUUCCUGGCUCACUGCCGAUUUCUGUGUACUCAAGUAAAGACUGACACCUGGAGCCGCGAGAUUUACGAGCACAAGCAUGUGGAAAUUAAGAGGCAACACCGAGUGACAGAUUUCCACAACAUCGCCAGAGAUUUGGAACACAAAAAAUCUGGCAGCAACGAGGACGCAGAGAUUUUCCCCAAGAGAAGGAAAUACGAGGAAACACUUUAUCCCAAAGGGCGGAAAACGGUUCUGUUGGAGAAAACGAAUAUAUCAAACGAUAACAAUAUUACACCGCUGAUUAAGAGCUACGACCAGACAGCAGGAGAUGCAUCUCCCUCUGCGGGGAAACUGAAAGCUGAUAAGAUCAGACCGGAUCAUUUGGGAUGUAAGAAUGAUGCUUUUACGCACGACAGAGAGAUGCACGCACGGUCGGAGGCAGGUGAGAGCUCUGGUGUGUACUCAAGCAGCAGCAGUGCAUUUUCUCUGGUCCUGUCCAACAGUCAGGGCGAGCAGAAAAGCGCUUUCUGUAAACCGAGUAAAAGAACUUCCCCUAUUGACCCCCAGGCGCAUUUGAGCAGCACUUCAACAGCCCCCUCUAGCCGCCUAGAGGAGAUGACCGAUGCCUUUACCCCCAGGACUGUUAUGGGAUACAACAAUCUGAUGGCAUCCAACAUCCUGAGCGGUGACUUACAGACUGUACCCUCCCCGGUUGCAAUAAACAAUGCUUUCCAUUACGCACCGGAGCACUGGUCCAGGAACCUUGGCGUUCAGCUGCAGACCACAUCUUCUCUCACGAUCCUUCCACCGACUUUCACUUCAUUCGGCGUGUCGGUGCAGAACUGGUGCGCCAAAUGCAACCUGUCAUUCCGCAUGACCUCCGACCUCGUUUUCCACAUGCGCUCUCAUCACAAGAAGGAGUUCGCGGCGGAGUCCCAAGUGAGGAGGAGGCGGGAGGAGAAACUCACCUGCCCGAUCUGCCACGAAUACUUCCGGGAGCGGCACCACCUGUCCAGACACAUGACGUCUCAUAACUGAGACAAGAAAGGACAACAAACACUUUAAUUUAUUAACUAAAUGAUGCUCGUAUUUAACAGGUUUGGACUCCAGAUUCACGAGACUUUGGUGUAUAACAGUGAAUGUAGGUAGCUGUUGAAAAUAGCAAUACGGACACACGCGGCCAUCAAAGCCUGUCCACUAGAUGACGAUAGAGGUACGUGUAAGCUGAACUCACUGCAGUGUGUUGUCUGUCCUUUAGCCCUGUGUGUUAGGUUGAUGAUUAUGUUGUGCCUUAUGGAACUCAGGAGGGAAAAAAGACGGAGAUAUCUCGAGGACAGCUCAUGAUUGUCAUAAAUAUCUCGACGCAAUCCUCUUAUUUAUCAGUUUUUCUCUGCUCUGAUUUGUA